CUUCCCAAUUCUCCACUCAUCUACCAACCGAAACAUCUCCAGCAUGGGCCUCUGCUUUAGCAAGAAGAAGAAGGAGAAGCCACUGUCCAGUGCGGAGGCCACCUCUCCCAAGUCGAAGAAAAAGCCGGGCAAGAUCGCCGUGGUGGUCGCCGACGGCAAGGGCAAGAAGACGCCGCAAUCGAAGAGGGUGGGCAAGGCGGUGGAGCCCGCGCCCGACAAGAAGGCGGUGUUCGUCGUGAAGACUAAGUCGGGGCUUGUAAAUGUAGAGGAGAAGAAGCGGCCGGGCGGAGAGGCGAGACCGGUGGUGUUGCCAAUCAUGCCGGUGCGGACGUCGAGCUGCACCAAGGAGGAGGUGGACGCGAUCCUCAUCCAGUGCGGGCGGCUGAGCCGGAGCUCGUCCGGGAGGGCGGCGUCGAGCGAGACGGGGGGCGGCCACCGGAGGUCGAAAAGGAGCUACGACUUUGAUCAGGAGAGGAGGGCCGGGGGCGGUGGCUGUGGGGACGAGGAGCGCGAUUGGGAGAGGCAGGGUGGCGCGGUGUCCAGGGCGUCGCCCCACCGUGGAUCGCCGCAGCGGAAGCGAUCUGGUAGUCGGGAAAGGAGCGGCAGCGGCAGCCGUAGGGCGAGCCGAUCGCCUGGGCGGCGUGCGGAGGGCUCAUCCUCUGCAGCAGCUCCUGUUGGUUCCGGCGGAGGAGGCGGAGAGCGGGCGAGACAGCAGCCGGGGAAGAUGGUGUCCGUCCCGCCGAGGGAGAAGGCGCGCGCGGCGUCGCCUGCAGCCGCGUCCGGCAAGAGGUGCGCGUCUCCGAGAGCAGGCUCGCCUGCGAGGGCCGCUGCAGUAGGGAACGAGAAUGCUGGAGGUGGGCAGGUGACGGCGGGGCAGACGCCUUCGCUGAGCCGGAGCUCGUCAAGGAAAGCCGAGCAAUCACCGUACAGGCGUAGCCCGAUGGCGGAGAUCGACGAGAACUCGCUCCACAACAACAAUGGCAAUCCCCACAAGAAAUCUUCGGAAAACGCCCUCGCCGCCGCUCCCCAGAAGUUAACGGAGCGUGCAAAGGAGAAGCCGAAGCUCGCGGAGGAGACAGCCACCGUUGCGGCGUCAGAGACGAAAGUGCCCUCGUCUAAGAUGACGGCGACGCGCACGGCCAGCGUCGUAGCCGAGAGCCUCAGCACGAAGGCCACCGGGCCAGGCUGCCGGUCGCGGCGGGCGUCGCGCGACUUCGACCAGAACCCCAACUCGUACGCCACCCAGCUCCUCGAGGACAUCCAGAGCUACCACCAGCAACAGAACACCUCCGUGGCCGCCACCGCCGCGACGCUGCCGAACUUCUCGCUCCCAGCCUGCGUCUCCAAGGCAUGCUCCAUCGUCGAGGCCGUGGCCGACCUCAACUCCUCCUCGUCGUCGGAGAGCCGCGCCUGCGAGCCCAGCCGCUCCGCCAACGACAAGGGCUCGGUCAACGCGCCACUCGGCGGCAUGGACGACCUCGCGGAGCCGAGCGUGCACAAGAGGUACGUCUCCGCGGUGCGGGACAUCCACGGCGAGACCGAACCGCAGGAGUCCGCCGGGAGCAACAGCGUCUCCGGCAACCCGUGGACGCCGUCGUGGGAGCCUAACUCAGUGGAGUCCACGGACCGGACGUGGAGCGCCUCGCGGUCGACGAACAACGGCGACGAGGUCGUCGAGCAGGGCAGCAGCCGCAGCGGCGCGCGCAGCCCGCUCAACCGCUCCCGGCAGAGCAGCAAGCAGAGGUCCGCGCAGCCGGAUCCCAGCGUCCGGUCACGUGCCGGCAGCUCUGGUGGCAACAGCAACAACGCUCGUCGUGGACGCAGUGCUCAUCGUAGCAGCGGCGGCGGCGGCGGCAGCCUGGUCAGUGGCCGGUCGGGCGUUCGUGCCGUCUCGGCGAUCUCGUAACGAAGUAAAUUUUUUCUUGUUAUGCUGCUGUUAGGUUGCAGCAUUUGUGAUCACUGAUCACUGCUCAGGAUGAUUUCAUUUGCUGUUGAUUUGGUAGAUUGUGUUGCUAGUCAGUGGCAAGAUGGAUUGCCGCUUCAGUGUAUUGUGGCCGAUUAUUUUGGUUUGGUGAUACGUUGUUCAGAUGUAAUCAUCGUGUGACAUUGGCAAUGUACACUGUGUUAGGCUGCACUUUUGAAAUUUUGUCACAUUGAUUUCACAUGUAAUUCUAGACUUCUACUAGUUAAUUACCAGGU